GGAAGAAAGGGUCGGUGCAUAUUGAUGCAGUGACCUGAAAAGCAAACAACUGGAAUAAAAUAAAGUUAAGUGGUUGUGAUAAUUUCGUUCUGCUCCAGUACAGAGCAUCUCAGCUAUGACACGGAGAAUAAGAAUAGUUUACAGGACAGUGUGCUAAAGUGCCGCUUACUCCUACCCCUCUUCUUCUUUUGGGCCGAAUCAUCAAACGCUCCAUACAACGGGAUAUCCCAGGUAUCUUGUUCGCCUUCUCCUUCCUUUCUUGAUCUACGAUGGGUUCGGAACACUCCACACAACUCCAGCAAGGAUCGGCAGGUGGAGCGGAUGGUGCAUUGCGAACCGGUAGUCUACAUAGACACUCGACCACCAACCAGGGCACGGCAUCCUCCUCCGGUCGGGCUGGUGGUUCCGGAUCCGGUACCGGUGGUAAGCUCCAGCGGGGCAAUACGAUCGCAGUGACGGGAACAACCCCAAGCGGAACGAGCGGUACCUUAGACGACGGGUACUCCACCUCGUCCGUGACACCAUCGUCCGCGUACAUCUGUGACUCCCGCCCCGUUUCGCCACCGAUGAGCGUUUGCUCCGAUUCCGACCUGCCCUACAUAUCAUACACGGACAAACCUAUCGGCGAUUCGCCCAAGCUACGGAACAAGCAGCAAUCGAAGCAGCCAAAGGCACGCCCGAACAGUGCGAUUAUUAUGAGCAGGGCUGCCCAGCAACAGCAGCAGCACCAUUACCAGCAACAUCUCACCCAGCAUCUGGAGGGGCGGGGUGGCGUCAGGGGUGGUCGGCCCGGGACGGGCCCUGCCGGAGGAGCGCACAGUAUCGUGGUGGUGAAGUCGGCCGCUGCACGUGACGUUGGCAUCGAGAAGGACGACGAUAUCGUCCGUCUUCAGAGCGUACCGAUGUUUUUGCCGGUCAUGCGUGGGACGCUAACGCUGCCGGCCAACCGCGACCCGGAAGUUCUAGAACGUCUGCAGCCCACACAUCUGAUCAACAUGUGCAGCCGGCUGCAGUCACACUUUAACACCUGCGCCAUCCACGUAUCGUCCGAGCAGCAGCAGAUAACGAACCGUAUUAAGGAGGUGGAUCAGGAGGUAUCGAGCGCACUGGCACAGUUGGUACAGAAGCAGAAGCUCUACACGUCGUACGCGGAAACGUUCUCGAAGGUGCGUCAGAUUUCCCAGCAGCUGACGCGCUGCAACGACAUACUCAAUCAAAACAUCGAAAGUAUGGAGUAUCUGAACAAUCUGCUCAGCGUGGAGGAUCGCCUCGAGCCGUUCGUGUGGAAAACCGAGUAAAGUGUUUCGCGUCGACAGCUGCACGCGUCACCAAGCAGGCAGGGGUUUGCGAAGCGAGACACGAUAGUAUAAGCGCAUAAGUAAUGGAAUGUUUCGGCAGUGCUGAUGAUUAGUGAUAUAAGCAUGAAGGUGGGCAAGGUAAUAAGCUAACCGAGUGGUAGUUGCUUUGCGAAAUUGAAAGUGAGCACAGCAGUAACAAACUAACGCUCGAUACACCGUGAUGGUUCUAGUCGAAGAAGCGCGUGCAAUACAGAAGAUACAAUGCAGAAGUUAUAUAGGGUGAGCAAUAAUGUAACGUAUAGUGUAAUGAUUUGGAUUGGAGCUAUUGUAGUGGAACGCCAUUCUCAAAAGCCUUUGGAACGCAAACUAAGAAACAAAACAAACGCAGAGCACACAACGUUGUGUAAGUGGUGUAUAGUUGUAAUUGCUGUAGUACGAGCGUUCUCAUUAAUGGAAUGGUAUCGGCCAACCCAUUUACGUACUAAUAAAGGUGACACUAAUCUGUUCCUUCUUAUCACCCACAUUUUCCCCUCCACAUAUUGUCCUAUGUUUCGGUUCGCUAUGUAUAAUACCCUCCCCUGUUUUAGCUAGUCUUAAAA